AUGAUGGCCCUGUCGGAUCCUGCUGCGCCUCCUCUGUGGUCUGCUGCAGUUGUUCGUGCUGCAACGCACACGGACGCCGUAGAAAGCACGCGAGGUAUUCACUCCCUAAUGCUGCUCCAACAACAACAGCAGCAACAACAACAGCAGCAGCAACAGCUGCAACAAUCACGCAUCAUCUUCCAACACUACGUGGGUCCCCACAAUCAAGAGCAGCCGCAGCAGUGCCACCAGCAAUUGCAGCACAACCUCAGCAGACAGGCACUGCUGCUGCUGAGGAGUGCAGCUAAAACCGCAUCUGACUCGCCUUCACCUUCCCUUUCUGGGAAAGGGGUCAUGGGAACCCUCCAAGGGGGCCCACCGUGGGGCCCCCCUUCCCCCGUACCUGCAGGGAAGGAGGAAAACAAUGCCGUGACGCUACAUCUGUUGGGCGAGGUAGAGCGUAGCAGCAGCCGCAGCAGCAGUAGUAGCAGUAAUAGCUCUCUCCCGCUGAUAAUUGAAACUUCAAAUGACUCCAGCAGUGACUCGGAACACGAUGACGACUGGGCAGAGUUGACACUGGAGGAAUCGGACGAUAAUGAUCAGGCUAGCUGCCACGUCCCGCCUCCUCCUACGCAGCAGGAACAAGGAGACUUUCGCCUGCUGCCUGCUACUGUGAGGCCGUUCGCCGUUUCCAGGCACCGAAAGGCACAAGAGGCACCAAAGCAGGAAGUCGGAGUUGUCUCGGAUGCAGUUUACGAACUCCCUAGGGGCCCUGGAACGGGAGGCAGUCUACCCAGCCAGUUCGCACGACCAGCUGCAGCGCAGCAAGAGCAGCAGAAGCAGCAGCAGCAGAGUUUCUCGUUCGUGCGGGGCUUAGCUACAGCCCUCCGGGAGCGCAUUUUUGACGGCAUUAGAAGGGAUCCUCAGGAGAAAUCCGAGAGACAGGCCCAAGAGGAAGCAGCCGUUUCAAGACAAGAAGAGUCAGCAGCUGCAGCGGCAGCUGCUGCUGCUGUUGCGGAGACACCUGGAAUCGUUGCGCUACAGAUGGAAUUGCUGCACCUGUCGAGGGAGGAACGGCGACAAAGGAGACGGCAGACGACGACCCCGAAGCACAGAUCCUCAGCACCGGUCUCCUCAAACAGUAGCAUUAGCGAUAGCAGCAGUACCAGCGGGACCCCCAGAACAGGCAGCAGCAGCUGUAGCAGCAGCUGCAGCAGCUGCUGCAGGAGCAGCUGCAGGAGCAGCUGCAGGAGCAGCGGCUGGAGCAGGAGUGCCAGAGGGCGGCUACGGAGUGCGCGGAUGCGCAUUUCGUCAAACAGUUCCCCCAGUCUGAAGUGUACAGACACCGCAGGAACGCGAACAGUCCGCCGCUGCACCUCUGUCCCCACUUUUGCUGCUUCAUACACGUCUGUCUCGUUAACUGUGGACGAACAGGAACUGCUGCACAAAGGGAAAGCAGGAAGCAAACGAGCUUCCCGGGCAAAGCCUUUUCUGCAUGCAGAGGACAGGUCAGCGCUCCGCCCCUUGAAUGCAAGGGAUACAGGAGCAGUAGACCAAAGAACUAAAGCAGUUGCAACAGCUGGAGAAGUGGAAACUGUAUCAUCCCGUCCCUCAGAUGCCCGCACUGCAGUGACGGAUCCCGCGUGCAUGCAGUGCACUGGCGCAGAAGGCGCUGCUUCCCCCGUUGUAGUUGAGCGAGGACGUCUGCAACGGGAACAACGGGCUCUGGAUGCUGCUGCUGUGCUGCAGCAGGAGAGAGAAAGGCAAGAGAUGCAGCGUAACGUGCUGUGGUGGUUUGCAAAUGACAUAUUGAUGCCUUAUGCGUUGUAA